AUGAGUAAGAAUAAUGAUGGUGAAGAUCUAGAAUAUUAUAAAGCAAAACAAAAUGCUGGACAAUUGCCUGUAAGUAAAAAUGAAACAACAAAAACUUCAAAGUCAUUGUCAAACGCUGCAAUGUUAAAAUUAAAAUCAGAUGGUUACAUACCAAUGAAUGAAUCACCAGAAAAACAACGUGAAUUUGAACGUUAUAAAGAAAUCACAUUUGCACAAAAAGCAAGUGAAAAAGCUAAACAAAACCCACUUAUACCUAUUGGAUUAUUAACGACAGUAGCUGCUUUAACAUUAGGUCUUCGUGCAGUGUCUCGUGGUGAUAAAUGGCAAUCGCAAAUGAUGAUGCGAGCUCGAAUUGGGAAACGACAAUCUAAUGAUGGAGUAACCUUUUGUCGUUUAUUAUCAAGGGGUAAAGAACGUACUUUCAAGGGUUUAGCGAUAGCGAACACCUAUCACCCACUUUGA